GCUGUAUACGAAAAGAGUGCUCUAGAAUAUUCUCCUGCAGUUCAUUUACAAGAGUUACGCUAAAUAAUUGAUAUUGUUGUUAUAAUUUUUCGCUAUUACAAAAUAUAAAUGGAACUCCUAUGAAAAUCCUAAGUUUCUCAACGAUCGUAAUCUCGCCUGUUGUAUCUCGCGUUGUAUCCGUCAACAGGUUGUUGACCGCUAAGUAAUGCGCUUAACAAAAACAAAACAGAAUCUGCGAAAGGAAACAGUGUCGCGAUUUCCAAUGAGAAACGUUGCAAUGAUAAAGAAUUUAAUAUAUGAUGUGGCGAAAGGUCCAUUGGAUAUUUAUCGAAAAAAAGCCAGUUUCGAUUGGAAAACAUUGAAACUACAUUUUGAUGGGCCAGAUUCUAUUCAAUUUCAAAGCGUUCUGUGGUCCUUCAUCGACACUCAUCCGGCUUUCAAAAAUCCAAUAAAAACUUUGACGCUUGACGAACAGAGACGAAGAUGUGUCGCACAAAUGAAUGCCUUGGAGAAUAAUUCGAUAUACAAUCAAGAUCAAGAUCUGAUGAACUAUUUAUUUUUUUACAAUCCGUCAGUACCGAUUAAACGUGGUGUUAUAUACGGGAUGGUUCCGAUAGUCCUAAUAAGCUUGGGAACCGAACACCACCUGAAAUAUUUCGAACAAAUAAUGGAGCGAAAGAUAAGCUGCUGCUUUGCUUUAACCGAAAUGGCACACGGCUCGAACGUCAAAGGUAUGCGAACCCAAGCCACUUAUGACGCCAAUACGCAAAAUUUUAUUUUACACACACCUGAUUUUGAAGCAGCGAAAUGUUGGGUCGGUGGAUUAGCGAAAACAGCAACGCACGCGAUUGUUUACGCCCAACUCAUUACACCGGACAAUGUCAAUCAUGGCCUUCAUCCGUUUAUAGUAAAAGUACGAGAGCCUGAAACAAUGUUGCCCCUAAAUGGUGUAACGAUCGGAGAUUUAGGGGAGAAAAUUGCAUUAAACGGAGUGGACAAUGGUUUUAUCAUAUUUAAUCAUUAUUCGAUUCAGCGAGAUUGUUUGUUGAAUAAGAGCGCGGACGUGACAUCGGACGGAAAGUAUUUUACAAGCCUAACGGACCAGAGGAAACGUUAUGGGGCGUCGUUUGGGGUAUUGUCGACCGGUCGAGUGAGUAUCACUUCAAUGUGCUCGAUAUAUGCUACUUUAGCCAUGACCAUAGCAAUUAGAUACUGUGCCUCGAGGAAGCAAUUUGGACAAAAUCCAAACGAAGAGUGGCCCACCAUAGAAUAUCAAGUGCAGCAAGGCCGACUAUUUCCGCAUUUAGGGGCCACCUACGCAAUGAGGAUAUUUUCUAAAAAUUUCAUCAAGAUUAUGGGCAAAUUUCGUGAUCACUUGAUGGCGCAAAAGGACGAUAGUCUGAUAUCGGCGAUGGGUAUGGAAAUACACGCGCUGUCCUCGGCGACAAAACCACUUUUUGCCUGGACGGCUCGAGACGCGAUACAGGAUUGUCGCGAGUCCUGCGGAGGUCAUGGAUACUUGAAAGUGUCACGAUUGGGUACGAUAAAGCAAGAACAUGACGCAAAUUGUACUUACGAGGGCGAAAAUAACGUUCUUAUUCAACAAGCCAGUAAUUGGCUUUUAAAUCAAUAUUCAAUCGUACUUAAUGGUAAAAGUAUCUUGUCACCCUUGGAAUCGCUAACGUUCUUAGAAAAUAUCGAUGACAUAAUGAAGCUAAGGUUUAAUUAUCAAACGGUAGAUGAAGCUUUACAACCAGAAAAUUUACUUAUGUGUCUAAGAUGGCUUACCUGUUAUUAUUUAAAAAAAACUUACAAUCUCGUUCAAGCACUUAAGAAAAAUGGAUGCAGUGAUUUUGUUGCUAAAAAUAAUUCACAAGUUUUCCACGCUCGAACAUUAGCAUUGGUUUAUGGAGAGCAUGCCACUGUUCAACAAUUUAUUAAAAACAAUAAUGAUCCAAUAUUCGACAACAAUGAAAGAUGCGUGCUAAAUAAAUUGAAUUGCUUGUAUGCUGCUUGGAUCAUUGAAAAAAAAUUAGGUGACUUUUAUGCAGGAGGUUAUGCAUCCUCAAAUAGUAAUAUGGAUGUUUUACUUCGCGAGGGUAUUAUUUUAUUAUCCAAAGAAUUACUAAACGAUGUUGUGUCCUUAGUUGAUGUACUGGCACCGCCUGACUUUAUUAUUAAUUCGCCAUUAGGAAUGUCCGAUGGAAAUAUAUACAAGCACUUAGAAGAAUAUAUUACUAGAGAUCCCGAUUGCUUUGAGCGUCCAGCAUGGUGGAAAGAAAUUUUAGAAGCAAAACUGUGAUAUUUGAAUCCAUAAAGAAUUUAAUAAAA